AUUAAGAGCCCAACCACCUCCAGCAAACUAUCUAGCCAUCGGCGCGUUUAUCUCCAGGAAAUCGCCUGAAAUCAAGAGAGAAAUGCAAAGAAGAUCCUUUACCGCUCUCAACUCUGUCUUCUGUGUCGAUGCUCAAUACGAAUUCGUAAAGGAAUUGGGCCAGGGUGCUUAUGGCUGCGUCGUAGCGGCCAGACAUCGUCAGACGGGUGAAGGUUGCGCUAUCAAGAAGAUCACCAAUAUCAACACCAAGCGCAUCCUCACCAAACGAUGCUUGCGAGAGAUCAGACUGCUGCACCACUUCCGAGGUCACAAGAACAUCACCUGCCUCUACGACAUGGACAUCGUAUUCCAGCCCAAUGGCAACUUCGACGAGGUCUACCUCUACGAAGAGCUGAUGGAGGCUGAUCUCCACGCUAUUAUUCGUUCAGGCCAGCCCUUGACGGACGCCCAUUUCCAAUCUUUCAUUUACCAAACCCUUUGUGGCCUGAAAUAUAUCCAUUCCGCCAAUGUCCUUCACCGCGAUCUCAAGCCAGGCAACCUUCUCGUGAACGCCGACUGCGAACUCAAGAUCUGUGAUUUUGGUCUCGCUAGAGGAUAUACCCCGGGAAGCGGCACGUCGCGUGCAGCAGGAAACCAAGGAUUUAUGACAGAAUACGUGGCCACUAGGUGGUAUCGCGCGCCAGAAAUCAUGUUGAGCUUCGCCAACUAUUCAACUGCUAUUGAUGUUUGGUCUGUCGGUUGUAUCUUGGCCGAGCUACUCGGUGGACGGCCCAUCUUCAAGGGUAGAGACUAUGUCGACCAGCUGAAUCAAAUCCUCCACUACCUUGGCACCCCUUCUGAAGACACCCUCCGCCGAGUCGGAUCUCCCAGAGCCCAAGAUUACAUUCGUUCCUUGCCAAUCCGACCAAGGAUCUCGUUCUCUACGCUCUUCCCCCAGGCCAAUCCACUCGCCAUUGAUCUGCUUUCACGCAUGCUCUGCUUUGACCCUGCUCGACGUAUCAGCUGCGAGGAAGCUCUCAAUCACCCUUAUCUCGCCGUAUGGCACGAUCCUGCUGAUGAACCCAAUUGCGACUCUAUCUUCGACUUCAGUUUCGAAGAAGAGGAUAGUAUCGAGGGAAUGAAACGACUGAUUGUUGAGGAGGUCAACAACUUCCGCGCGGAAGUUCGGGCGCAAGCGCGUGGUUCUGCACAAAAUCAUCGCAGUACCAAGGACUCGGACAACCUAGGUAUUCCGUCUCGAGACGAGAUUAUCAGCUCCCCCGUCAAGGAAUUCGGUCCUCACCCUGGCCAUACGUCCAAUUACACCACCAACGCUCCCCGUGCUCCGAGCCCUAUUAUGGAUGACCCCAGUGCAGAGCUCGAACGCGAGCUUGCUAGCACUCAUAUCUCCAAGAAAUGA